AUGGUCAUUUUUAUGAUAUUGAUACCGCUAAUGCAUGAGUGUGGGAUGUAUUUCCAUUCAUUUAAUUGGAGAAAAGCAAAUAAAUACCAACUUUGUGCACAAGGUGCCGAAGAGCCUAACAAUACUCAAAAUUCACAUGGUAAAAUAAUUGAUCCUGAAAAACAUGUUACUACUCCAAGAAUGUUUGAUAAAAAUGGGGUAAUGGGAGGUUUGAAAAGUGCUUUGUUGUUCACAUCAAAGUUAGCAAAGCCAUCCACUAUGUUAGUGUCAUCUAUGGAGGAGUUAAACCAAAAGUCUUUUUCUGGACCAUCUAAUUUGGGUAAAUUUACCAAAGGCACAUUAUUAGGAAGGACUUCAUAUUCUUCGGUCAAUACUCCAAAAUCACAGCUGAAUGGAUUUUAUGGAAAUCGGUCGGCUAGUAGCAUUCAAAGGCCUAGAGCAAACUCCUGUGCCACCAGAAGCAGUUCUGGUGAAAGCUUAGCUCAGGCCCUAGACAGUAGUAAAUCUGUUAAUUGUGAAGAAAUGGUAAGGUCACAAAGUUUUUCACUGAUUCAGAAUUCAUUCCUUCCACCUUCAUCUAUAACCAGAUCACAUUCCUUUAAUAGAGCUGUGGAUCUUACAAAGCCUUAUCAAAACCAACAGCUAUCCAUUAGAGUGCCUCUACGGUCAAGUAUGCUAACAAGAAAUUCCCGGCAAUCAGAAGUACUCAAUGGGAGUGAACAUUUGGGGUAUGGGUUUAAUAGGCCUUGUGCUGCUGGUGGAAAGAAGUUGGCUUUACCAAAUGGUCCAGGUGUAACUUCUACUUUAGGUUAUAGAAUGGUUUAUCUCUCUCUACUGAAAUCUAGUCAAUCUCCAUUCUCUGGGACUAUCACAGUUGAUGGAAAUCAAAAUUCACCUGCUGACAUCAUAGAGGAAGAUGCUACAGUUUUGGCUGAGGACAGAGCUACUAAUAAGGACCAAGAACUGACUGAAAAUGAAAGUUACAGAAUGAAAAACAACCAGAGCAUGAAACACGAUGUUAAAACGAGAUACCUGAGUGAUGAUGUGGAUGACAUUUCCUUGUCUUCCUUGUCAUCUUCUGACAAGAAUGAUUUAAGUGAAGACUUUAGUGAUUAUUUUAUAGAUAUAGAAGACUCUAACAGAACUAGAAUAACUUCAGAGGAAAUGUCUCUCAAAGAAGAGAAACAUGAAAAUGUGCCACCACAGGAUAUAUUUGAUUCCCCCAAGGAAAAUGAAAAAGCCCUCAGUAAAACUGAUGAAUGGAUAGACAUUAAGUGUCUCUGGAGUGAAUGUACAAAAUAUACUUCUGGGAAUAAUUUGGUUUCACUGGAUACAGACUACAGAGCUUGUUCUUCAUUUGAACUCUGUCUGCUAACUCUGAUGGAACAUACAUGUGGAUGAAGAAGGCUUGGAAUCCAUUGGAAAUGUCCAUCUGGUUGGGAGCUAUGAGUCCUCUGAAAUGAACAGCACAGUCUCAUCACUAUGGCAGAGGAAGAGAGUGCCAGAGGAUCUCACACAUAUAAUUACUUGCAUUGGCCUGCAAGCAAGACUUGGCACUUCCAUUCAUGAUCUGUUGACCAGAACUAAUCAUGUGGUCCCACGUAAGUAUUAAAGACAGGAAGUGUAAUCUUUCUGUGUGCCUGAAAGGCAAGGGAACCAGGUAUGGGCAAGUGUUAGAAGACCUACCUUGAAUUUAUAUGUGCAUAUUUUAAGAAACACAGCAAGUAAUGUGGAUAAUAUGCCACAUAGGUAAAGUAUAAUUGGUAUAUUUAAAGUGACUCGUUGCCAUUAUUCAGUAUAUGAAAUAUGAUUUUCCAAUAGUUGUAUGGCAAAUUGGUAGUCUUUAUGGAUAUGUUAAAUUCCAAGUGGAUUUCAGGCAGUAUAAUUUUCUAUACUCCUAUAAUCCUUUUAUUUAAAAAAGUCAUUGUUACCAGAGGCUUAAAUAGCACAAACCUUUCUUUAACCUCUAUCAACACCUUGUAUACAACCAUUUAAUCUAGAGAGAGUAUCUUCAUCUCAGUAGAUAAAGGAGGCUCAGAAAAGGUGACAGUUUAAGACCUUCAUCUUACUAGGACUUUGAAGGCAAACAUAAUUGACAUGCAAAUGAACAGUGUCCGGCAGAUGGCGGCAGUGUACCACUCAGUACCCGACAGUGUUUAGAGGCUAACAAUCUUGAGUUUAUUAUUUAAUCACAAAAUAGCUUUCUCUAAAAGAGUUCAGAAUGCAUCUGGAUUGACCGUUAGUCCUUAAGAUCCAUGAGUUUCCUCCUUGUUCAGUAGGUUUCUGUAUAUGGUAUGGGAAACAACAAAAACAUUCAUUCUGUGCUUUGGAACAAGAUAGUGUUUCUGAUCUAAAGAGAAGACAAAGUCUGAGAACGGUUAGAGAAUUGAUGGCAAAAGCUGAGAACAGUGUGUUGUAUUCUCCUACAGUGAUAUUGGAGUUACCAUUUUUGCUUUGAAGUUUUGUGAAUUUUUUGUUUUGUAUAAAUUUUAGGUUUAUUUUGUUAGGUGUGUACCUGUUCAGAAUUUUUGUGUUUUGUUUUUUUUUGGGUGAAUUGGACUUCCCAUCAUUAUUUAGUGAUCUUCUCUAAUUGUGCUUUUUGUUUUCAGACUUUUUUUUCCAAAUAUUAAUAAACCUUACCAGUUUUAUUUAUAUUUUUCCCUUCUUUUACUAUCAACCCUUUUACUUAUAGCAAAUAGUUUAUUUUGUUAAGAUUUUCAGUUUGUCUUUUUCUUUUAACUAGUGAGUUUAAGUUUUUAAUUUUGCAUUUCUUGAUAGACUUGGACUUUAUUCUGCCAUCUUAUUAUUUUUAUUUAAAUUGUCCUUCCCGCCACCCCCCACCAAAGUAGUUCAAAAUAGUAUCUCUAACUUAACCCAAAGACCUUUAGCAUAUUCUCACUUUUCUUGGUCUCUACAACACUGCUUCUUCCAGUCCAGGUCAAAAUAAGGAGCUUUCACUAGAUAGAAUGUACGUCAACUGUGUCACUUCUGACACAGCUUAGUUCCAUCCACUAUUUAUUUCUGCUGACGUUUUUAUAUUAAGUCUUCCUUUUUAAAAGAAACAGUGCCUUCCUGUUCCUUUCAGUCAUUCUCUUACUCUGCAAGAACUUUAUAUAAAUGAAACCAUAAACAUGUACUAGUUUUUGUCUGGCUUCUUUUCAUUAAUAUUAUGUAUUUGUGAGUUAUUGUUUCUUUAUUCUUGUUGUAUCAUAUUCCUUUGUGUGAAAAUACUACAACUUAUCUUACUGUUCAUGGGCAUUUAGGUUGGUUCCAGUUUCUGGCUAUUAGAGUAUACACUAUUGUGAAGAUUUUGAUGUAUGCUCUUAUUGGUGAACAUUUAUUCAUUUUUGUUGGAAAAAAUGUGUAGGAGAGAGAUUCCUACACAUUUUAUAGGGUUAUAGGCUAUGCUGAUGUAUAAAGAUGCUGUCAGUUUUUCAAAGUGAUUGUGCCUGUUUACACUCUUCAUUGGCAGUAAAUGAAUGUUACAGAAAUUUCACCUUCUUCUCUAUACUUAGUGCUUUCUGCCUUUUUGCAUUUUUGAUAUUCUGGAGUGGUAUAGUGGUAUUGCAUUGAGAUUUUGUCUUGUAUUUUUCGAAAACUUCUCGCAAAGCACCUUGACAUAUGUUUAUUGGGCCAUAUGUCUUCUGUUGGGUUAUUUGUAUUUUUUCUUAAUGAUUUGUAAAAAUUCUUGAUAUUUUUGGAUAUAAAUCAUAUUUUAUGUCAAUAUGUAGAUGUUUGUAUACAUGUGUGUAUUUACAUAUUAUAUAUGUAGAUUAUAUUAUCUACUGAGAGUUGCUUUUGAAAUCUUUUAAUAGUGUCUGUUGGUGAUAGAACUUACCAAUUUUGAUAUGGUCUAAUUAUGUAGGUUUUCCCUUUAUUGUUACCAAUUUUUUAAACUCUGAAGCUUUUUCACACCUUACUAUCAUGAAUAUAUGUUUCAGUGUUUUACUAUAAAGUGUAAAAGCUAGGUGCUUCUGUUACAGAAAUGAAAUCAGACAUCAUCUUUUUUCCAGUGUCUCACAAAAGCAGCCAUUCCUGAUUCAAAGGCCAGUCUCUUGACUCCAAGUGCUCACUUUUGCAAGCUUUGCUUAAUGUUGUGUAUAUCCCCCUAUUCUCCAGGUCUUCUUUCUUUCUAGUUCUUCUUAGUAUACACAACCUCUCAGGGCAAUCACUUCCAUGCCCAUGGCUUCAGUUGCUUUCUCUAUUCGCUGAGGACAAUAGAAUUUUAAAUUUAAAAUAUUAGUUUUAUUUUUUGUAAGAUCCCUCAUUUGCUAUAACCAUAGAUUCAGAGUUGCUCCAUGAAAGUAAGAAAAAAAUGGUGAUAUACUUAGCAUGUAAAUUUUAGGAAAUUUCCCAUUACUCUAAAUGGUUUGAUUUAGUAUGUGUGUUAUUUUUAAAAACAUAUGUUGGGAUGUCACAAAUGGACUUAGCCUACAGAGAUUUAUAUUCACCUUUGACCAGAGAGUUUCAUUUUAAUGUGACACUAAGCAUAAAAAACUGUCUUUUCCUUUUUAUCUAUUUCUCUUCCUAUGUUCUCUGCCAGGAGAAAGUACAACUCUGUACCCAGUCUUCCCCAACAGAGCCCAAGCAGCCCUGUUUUUCCCUCUACUUUUCUGCUUUCACAUCUUAUGACCAAGUACUUCCUAUUCUGUCUCCCCAGUAAUCACAAAAUCUUAUCCCUCACUUUUGUCACUGCCACUGCCUUUUGCAUCAGUCUUCCUUUAGAUAGUCUCUUAAUUGGUCUGUUGCUUCCUUUAGUUUUUCCUUAUUAUACAGACCACUACACACACAUCUGACAGAGACUCCUCACCUUUGUAUGGUUCAAUGACCCAAAUUUUCAGAAUAAAAUUAAAACCACCACAGUGUCAAAUUUGGGGUCAGAUAGAGGUGGGUUUGUAUCUCAGAUUCCUACACUGUCCAGUAGUGUGAUCUCAGAAUACUGAACUUCUUAAGCCUUUGUGUAUCUGCCUACCCUCACUGAAAUUUGGGACUGUUUCACACAUACAGUGUCUGGCAUGUAGAAGGGACUUCAUCAAUGUUGAAUGAAGAGAAGGCAUUUUAAAAUUUACAUUAAAAAUUAUUUUUUAAAUAUACCAGUCUAUAAUGUCACUUCCCUUCCAAGCUUGACUUCUACCUGUACUUUCUGAUACAGUUUGGUUAUGUCCCCACCCAAAUCUCAUCUUGCAUUGUAAUUUUUAUAAUCCCCACAUGUUGAGGGAGGGACUCAGUGGGAGGUUAGUGGAUCAUGGGGGCAGUUUCUUACAUGCUGUUUUUGUGAUAGUGAGUUCUCAUGAGAUCUUAUGGUUUCAUAUGUGUUUGACAGUUCCUCCUCCACAUGCUCACACUCUUUGGCCUGGCACCUUGUAAGAAGUAACUGCUUCCCCUUCUGCUGUGACUGUAAGUUUCCUUAGGCCUCCACAGCCAUGUGGAAUGUGAGUCAAUUAAACUUCUUUCGUUUGCAAAUUA